AUGUCACCUAAAGAAUCUUCCCCCACAGCCAGUUGGCAGCUCGUCGCCCAGAGAAAAAGGGACGAGCAGAGUAAGCGCAUCCCGCCAGACUGGAGGUUGGCCACUCUGCCAGGGCCAGACGUGCACAACUACCUCGACAUACCACGCAAAUGCGGGCUCUUAACCGGACCAGAGCUGCAAAUCACAGAACACUACGAUGCCGUUGCACUCGCCGCAGCCAUCAGGGACAAGAGAUUAAGGUGCAUUGACGUGGCUCGAGCCUUUUGCAAAAGAGCAGCCAUCGCACACCAACUCACAAACUGUCUUACCGAAAUUUUUUUUCACGACGCUUUAAAAAGAGCCGCGGCGCUCGAUGCCCACUUGGCGGCAGGGAAAGCGCCUCUUGGACCUCUGCAUGGCGUGCCCGUUUCGCUCAAAGAUACCUUCAAAGUCCGUGGAUACGAUGCCUCUAUUGGCAUUGCGGCCUUGUGCUUUAACCCAGCAGCUGAAAACUCCAUCUUGGUGGAUUGCCUGCUCAACGCUGGCGCUAUCUUGUACUGCAAGAGUAACGUCCCGCAAACACUCAUGGCCUUGGAUUCCCACAAUAACAUAUUUGGGCGCACGCUGAAUCCGUUCAACACAGCUGUCACAGCUGGCGGAAGUUCUGGCGGUGAGGGCGCCUUGCUAGCUAUGCGUGGCUCCAUCCUGGGCGUGGGCACAGAUGUCGGAGGUAGUAUCCGCAUUCCAGCCAUGUGCGAUGGAACAUUUGGUAUCAAGCCAAGCUGGGAGCGUAUACCCUACGCAGGCCAAGAAGGCGGCUCCUUACCAGGUGCCAGCAAAAUCGGCAUUCCCGCCAGUGCAGGUCCCCUCGCCCACAGCAUGCGCGACAUGGACCUCUUCUUCAGCGCCGUGUCCUUGCAGAGACCGUGGGAGAAAGACCCAGACGUUGCACCGCUGUCAUGGCCCUCCCUUAGCCUCUCUAAGCGCAAACUCAGAAUCGGCAUCGUCAGACGAGACGGAGUCAUUGAUCCGCACCCACCUGUCCUCCACAUCCUCGACGAAGUCAAGGUGAAGCUGCAAAAGGCAGGCAUCGACGUUGUCGAAAUGGAUAUCACACCUCUCUUCUCUCAAUGCCAGUCUCUCGCCAACGCUCUCUUCGGCAUCGAAGGCGCAAACGACAUGUUUGACCUGCUCGAAUCCUUCAACGAGCCUCUCUCGCCCUGGCUCUCCACCCGUCUCAGACGCAAGAAGCCCAUGGACCUGCAACAGGUACAGCAGCUCCAUGGCAGACGCGAGAAACUGCGAAUCGAGUUCUUGAAAAUCUGGAAAGACACGCACGGCGAGAUUGAUGCUUUCAUCUGCCCUGUUGCUCCACAUCCUGUUCCGCCGAUUGAUAGGUACAACGGCGUGAGCUACACUAGUUCCUUUGUCCUGCUGGAUUAUCCCGCCGGUGUUGUGCCAGUACGGCUCUUCGACAAGGCCGACAUGCUUGGUGAGAUGGAGCACAAUGAGCCUCUGGGUCCAUGGGAUAAAGCCAACCGUGCGCUUUGGACAAACUUUGAUCGCUCGGUUUACCUUGGAACACCGCUUUGCGUGCAGGUUGUUGCGCCGAGACUGCAGGAGGAGAGGCUGAUAGCUGCCAUGAGUGCUGUCGAUGAGGCGUUGAAGGCACAAAGCCAUGUCGGAGCCAAGCUGUAGCUUAGCCAUGCUGCAACGCCUCAUACUGGUAACCGCAUGGCAGUAAACGAAUAAUUGUCAAGUGAGGGCCUUGCACUCCUCUUGGGCUGCUUUAUCAACAAUAUUACAUACACGCGAUUGUGAAGAAUUUGCAAUGGCCGAGUAGAAUGCAUGCAUACCUAAUCAUCAAUCAUUCUUCUCCUGUGUUCUAUACUGACCUCAACUUACUCCAACUCGUCGUCUCUACAUCCCUUUGGUGCAGUCACUGGAUUACAUCUCGCAGCUCGGCCCCCCGGCAACCUCACCACGUAAUCCCACCCAUAUCUACUGCUCAUGCCCCAAGCCGGAAAAUCCGUGGUGACAAUCUGUGCGCCGCUACUAAACGCGCGGUCCCGCUGCUCCGUCGAGCGGUUGAGCAAAGUCCCAAUCGGGAUAUCCGCACGCGUACGAACUAGAUAACCCUUUCUCACCAGGCGCUGGAUCUCAGCGCUGCCGUUACCGCGCGGC